GGUCGUGCGUAAAGACACAGUGUCUGGUAGCGACGGUGUAGCUGCAGGUUUCCUCCCCUCGCUUCAGUGUUUAGAGAGAUUACAGAGCUGCGAGUGAACCAAUCACUGUAGUCAGAGGAUUUCGAGGAAAUUCCCUCGAAGAUUUCAUCCAGAAAUGGACCAGAAGGACACGGAGAUGAACGAGAAAGGAGUUUCCUCCUCCACCAGCGGAGUUGUUGUCCAAGUUCGAGAGAAGAAGGGACCUUUACGGGCAGCGAUCCCAUACAUGCCUUUCCCUGUAGCUGUGAUCUGCCUGUUCCUCAACACGUUUGUACCUGGGCUAGGUACUUUCAUCUCAGCCUUCACAGUGCUGUGCGGUGCCAGGACAGAUCUGCCGGAUCGGCACGUGUGCUGCGUGUUCUGGCUGAACAUCGCCGCGGCCUUCAUCCAGAUCCUCACCGCCGUGGUCAUGGUGGGCUGGAUUAUGAGCAUAUUCUGGGGCAUGGACAUGGUCAUCCUCGCAAUCUCUGAAGGCUACAGGGAGCAGGCAGCUGCCCAGCAGCUCUGAGGAAUCUGCCUGCAUGAAGCCACGAGUGUGCACUUUUUAGCCGGUGCUGUCCGGCCAGCAUGGACAGGAGAGUUGAGGUUGCCUUCACAGGGACCGGGAGAAGGGCUAACUACAGUGAGCUUCUCAGCCUAAUUGGAAUUCCACACUGUGGGAAUAGCGGAUGUACAGUAUACCCGAAACGCUACAAAGUGCUCUGUGAAUAUUAACGGAAUACCGCUAAUGUGCCAACUGUCUGUAUGCUAAACUUAUCCGAUCCUGUCAGGGCUAACUUCUCAUUAAUCUGUCUUCUCCUCAACUUUACUGUACAUUAAAUGGAAUGUAGGACGUGGGCUACACACAAAUACAGUACAUACAAUCUGAAAUGGUUUAGGUGAGAGGUCUUCAGAUCUGGACCUUGAAUUUUACGGUCCUGUGUUUUGUAUUCGGUAGUAGUUAAUUGACCCUCACCUAAUUGGCCACCUGGUGUCCUACAGUGUAAAUAUUUUUUUAAAUAAUUGAGGUUUGAAUUGAUGUAAAAUAUUGAUUUUGUUCACCUAACCCAGUGGUUCUCAAACGGUGGUCCACCUCAGGGGUACGAUGAGAGUACAAUGGGAGUAUAUUACAAUUACAAAUUCUAACAUUAAAUAUUAAGUUAAAUAUUUCACUCUGGCCCCUGAGUGGCGCACGUUCAGGAAAAACUGUGCGUGUGAAUAAAAUAAGUGUCCUUUACUGUCUUAUUAAGGCCUUUGUGAUGCUUGUUAACCAUGUAUUUGAGCUAGUUUCACUAAACAGACACAGUUUGGUCACCGUUAUAGUGAGUUAUUUGAUUGUACUGCUGUGAUCAGCAAUUAGCCUCUGACAGGAACUCCAGAGUGACCCACACCUAUAAUGUAUUAGGACAGAAACAUCUCUAGCAUUAUUUAUUUAUGAAAUGUUUUUCAUUUUAAGGUAAACAUUAAUAAUUGUAUGUUGAAUACUGUCAGAAAAAGGUACAGUAUAGUCACACUUUUGUUCACCAAGAUACAAACAGUGUAAAUAUACCCACAAAGGUACAAUAUGACUUGUUACAAGUAUGAAAUGUCUUGGCUACAGAGUGGUCUUUAGACAGCAGGGAGCAGGGAGAACCAGUCAAAACUAAACAUUUUACUCUGCAUUAUUUUAUUCAAUGUUUUGAGUUAAAUUCCACUUCAGUUUCUUGUUACCACAUUUAAGGAGCUUUAUAAAGGAGAAUUUGCAUCAUAACAUUCAAUCGUUAUGAUGUAAACCAAGUUAUACAGAGUGGUUUGAUGUAAAACGGUCCAUUUUAGAGAAACUUACCAACUUAUUGUUCUUUACAGUGGUGGUGAUAGGAACCAGGGUCAGUGUAACUACAACACAAAUAUAGACAUUUUAUUUAUUUACUAUCCAGAACCACCAGUGAACCUACACAUGUUCUAAUGUAAUAUUAAUAAAAAAGAAUUUUCAUUAGCUCUAUUCGAGCUGGAUAAGUUUGGCCUGGGUAGGUAUCGUAAUUUGAAUGAUUACUAAAUUUGAAUGAUUACUUAUCCAGUACAGAUAAUAAGUAAUGUGAUACCAAAUUCUGGUAAUACCAGCACCUCUGUUUUUUGGUAAGAGGAGACAAAGUUAACUCAGGUCUUGUCACAGUUCAUUUAUGCUCAAGUUGGUCAAAAUUUGUUCAGUUAAAUAAGCCCACUUUGGUAGACGUUCUAUAUCAUUUUCAAUGGAAGUUAAUUUUGUUGAUCUUAAUGCCAAAGUGAACAGCCUGGCAUUGGUCAUGGCAUUUAAAUCCAGGCUAUCAAAGAUAAUUUGGGGAAAUUACAGAAACUGCAUCCCAUACGAAACGGUCAGUCAAAUCCCUUAAAAAACUGACAUUAUCAGCCCACCUCUGGUAAAACUAAUCAAGCUCGAAUAGGGCUUUAGAGUACAGCAACCUGCCUGUGCCUCUCCACCAUGAAUGUGUUUUAGAAAAUGCAUUUUACACCAAAAUCUUCUCAAAACUACUGUAAAUCUAUGUCUGACCAUGCACCAUUUGUGACCGUUUAAUGCAAUAACUUUGCAUGUUUUUAGAGGUAUUAAACUGUCCAGAUGUCUGGUUUCUAUCACCACCACUGUAAACAAUUCUCAGUAAAUAUCUCUAGAAUGGAAAAUAAAAACAAUCUGAAUGAUUUUGUUUACAUCUUAAUCAUUUAAUUAAGCAAAAACAUUUUAGAAAUUGCCCUUUAAAAAGGACUGACAGAUGUGUAUCUCCCACUGACCGCAAAUCCAGGACCAGAUAUUCAAGGUCCAGCUUUGAAGACCUCUGGUUUAGUUCUUUGUAAAGAGCUUUGGCCAGUUGAAUGAAGUGGCUUUAUGACUUAAGGUCAUCCUCGCCAAUGUUUAGUAAUUGCUCUGCGCUCACUCUAUACACUACACUGUACAGAGCAGUCUAUAAUGUAUAAAUGAGUACAGCUUCCACUUAAUGUUCCUAUAUCAUUUAUGUAUAUUACAACACUGUAGGUAAACUUUCUUCCAACUCUAUACUGUAUUUUGUUUUUGAUUUUUUCUUUGCCCUUUCUAAUUUUUUAAUACCUUACUGCCCAAGACUGUAAGUAAAAACAGGGCAGUGUGUAUUAUUUACUCAUCAAACGAUUUUGUACAACAUAAACAGUAGCUGUUCUGCAUGGAAACCAUGAGUCUCAACAUAAAUCGCUGUUUGUCUUAUUUAUCUUGACCUCAAAGCAGAAACACAAAUAAGUAUUACCUUCUGUAGUGGACUGUGUAAGUAUUUACUGGUUGUUUAGUGUGGCAUUCAUGCUGGAUCAGUCGGCAUAGCUCGCUCGUGGCCAGUUGCCAUAGAGACAGGCCGCUUUGAUGAACUGCUCAAAGGGUGAAAUCAUGCGAUUAGGUUGAGUUAUUUUCAUUGCAAUGACAAGGCAAGUGGCCAAUUGCCCAAAAUGAUAUCAGACUUAAGAGCGAACCUGAAAAAUUCACCCACUUGUUUAAAAUGGUUCAGACUUAAUGGAUAUUCCAGCAUUUUUCACCCUAAUCUCAAGUCUCAGGGUGGGAUCAUGAGAGGAUGGCUUUCAAAGCUGUUCUUGUGAAGCUUUAUCUCUGGAGCCAAACAGAAAUAAAACAGCUAAUCCAGUUAUUUUUCACUUUUCCUUACGGUGUUUGGUAUCCAUGCGUGAUCAGGCAGGAUCCCUUAGCGAGUGAAACCUUAUUAAAUCCAGUCAAAGUGUCUGCUGGGAUUGUAGAAGAUUAGUACAUGAUUUACCUAUUUUUAGACAUUUUUUUACUUGAUUUAAGUCAUUUUAUCUAGUGAAGGUCUUCUGUUGGCUGAUAUUGUGCUUGUUUAAUUCUACUUUUUGAAAAAGCAACAUUAUUUGACAAUGGAAUUAAAUAUUUUCACUGGAUAAAAUGAUUAAAUCCAGUAAAAAAUGUCUGAAAAUCUAUUAAGUUUAAUAUAUAUUCUUUCAACAAUCUCAAUAUGAGAAAUAUUAGAUACUUGGGCUAGAUUUAAGAUGAUUUGAAGAUAUUUUAUGCGGUGCACCUCUAACGAUAUUACCUAAACUUUAGAUUUACAGCUUUUGUAGAGCAUUUUCAUGAAUUUUUUUGAAUGAAGAAUGUUUCAAGAGGUUUUCUGUUCUUUUCUGCAGAUGCAGCAGACAGAGAUUAGACUGAAAACGCUGGAGUAUACUUUUAAUUUAUAGGGACUGUUUUUCAAUUUAUUUUAACCUGAAGACCCAAAACAUAGACACAACUGAAGACACCAACACUAUGACAUAAACUACCAAAACUCUUAAUCUAAUCAAAACUGAUCUUAUAUUUCUUUUUAUAUAUAAUCUUAGAUUUGAGAUUCUUCAAAGUAGCCAUUGUUAGUCUUGAGGACAUUCUUGAUCAUUCUGUCCUUGAGGAACCACCUCAGAUGAUUUUCUAAUAUUUGAAGAAGUCUCACAAAUUGUGAGACCUAAUUUAAUGAAAAGUAUUUUAAUAUUAAGCUGUCUUUAGAAAUAAAGCUGCCAAAAAAAGGGUUCUUUGCAUGAUGCCAAAGAAAAAACACUUUUGGUUUCACUUAAACUUUCAAGGGAUGGUUAUUUUAAAGAACCUCCACUUCAUUUAAGAUAAGAUAAAGUAAUAAGAUAAGAUAAUCCUUUAUUAGUCCCACAGUGGGGAAAUUGUCAGUGCUACAGAAGGUAGCAAUUAAUUAACCUUGAUAAUGACUUAAUGUUACAUAUUAAAGGAAAAAUGAUAAUAAAUAGAAACUCUAUUCUUCACAAAAUUAACAAUAUAAACAAUUAUAAAUAAAAUAGCAAAAAAUAUUUAUGCUGUAACCAUAUUUUACCCUAAUUGCACAUGGAUUACUGAUUUCUAUUACACAUUGGAAUGAUGAUAUUUCCAAUAUAAACAUUAUAAAUAGACAGGCAAAAGAUCUUUACACCAUAGAGCUACUUUCACAUGGAGUAUUGAUUAUAUAACACACAGGAAAUGGUGAUGAAUUCAAACUUUAAAGCUUCUUAAAAUAAACAAUAAACCAGUAAAUUAAGUGAAGUGUUUUAACCUUAAAAUGUUGAUCGUUCAAGUUUAAAACCUUUUUAAAACACGGUACCUUCUUAGGCAGCGUUUCUCAACCACUAAGAAUCCUUUGGUGGUCCAAAGGAUUGGAGAGGGGCCAGGGGUCCAGUGUGAGCCAGUGAUGGCACUUUGUCUUAAAAAAUUGACUUGCUGUAAAAACUUUACAGCUACUUUGUGAAAUUCUGUCUGAUUUCUGAUAAAAACAAACAAACAAAUAAAUAAAUACAUACAUAAAUAAGCCUAUGUUGACCUAAUUCAGUUUUCAGUGAUACACAUGGCAGAUGGUUUGGAUCUGCACGUAAGCAUAUCUGUAUUAAAAAUUCCUCCCAAAUUAAAAUUUUUAUGCAAAUUUUUUGCUGUCAAACAAAAUGUUUUGUUGUCCUGAGCCCUCACACUUUCUAGUGAUCAGUAAGCGGGCCUUGAGAACCCCUGUUCUAUGGCGUCACCCAAAGAAUCCUUUAAGAAAACCUUUUUUUUAGAGAUAUCCGCUUCUUUUUAUCAGUUUCUUUUUGUAUUAGAAACAAAUUUGAAGCACUCAGGCAAAAGCUGAAAUGAGUCUGAACUAAAAUGUCUUUAAACGACUUGUAUCAGGGUAAACUUUCUCCAUCAGAGUCUGGCUGCAGACAUGCAAACCCAGCCAGAUGCAGUCUCGGCCUUGGCACCGUUGCGUGUACGUGCGCUGUCUGCCAGUGGCAGAAGCAGCUCAGCAGCACUUUGCUGUUCGGUUGUUUCUGCUUAACCAGUCAAGCAGUGGAUGUGAGGCUGAGAAUGCAUGUCUGCAGCCAAAGCCCUGUUGUUUUUUUCCUCUCUUUUACAUCAAUGACGUAAACACAGCUGUGGUUUCAAAACACACCAUUCACUCCUCACUCCAUACAGUCCAUAUAGAGAAACAGAGUUGAAAACGGUGUGAUUUGAGUAUUUUGGUUUUGUAAUGUCAUUAAAAACAACUUUCUAAGUACUGUUUCAACCCAGGGGUCAUUUACAUAUGUCAGUCUUAAGUGGUUGUGUUUAAAUGAUUUACCACAUGAUACUAGACAACCAUUAUAAUUGGACUUCAGGGGAAAUAAUAAGGGUGAACAGCUACAUCAGUAGUGGCACUCACAAGCGGUCUUACAAUCUUCAUGAAACAGCAGUGCUUCUAGAAAACAAAGGCUGAUUUAAUUGCUUAUAAAAUAGUCUAUUUAAAAAAAGCCUUUUUUUUUACUACUUUAAAGCAGUUGUUUUCAGGGAGUUCCAGAGA